GUGGUCUCCUAACACGCUGCUGCACAAUCCUUCCAGCGCACGGGAAUCUAGCAGCUCAGCGGCUCCUCCAGGCAGCACCAGGGCGCCGGGAAUAGAUUAGUCAAGAGAAAAUCUGAAGAAUGUUUCUGAAGGAUAAUCUGGCUGUCACUCCCUGGAUAUGGAGAAGAAUGAGGAAGCUAUUUCUAUUCCUUUCUCUCUUACUCUCCCACUCGGCUCAUUUGGAAGGCAAAAAGGAUAAUCAAUUCAUCUGGAAAGCAGGUCCAUGGGGACGGUGUACAGGAGACUGUGGACCUGGUGGAAUCCAGAGUCGUGCACUGUGGUGUUUCCAUUUUGAAGGGUGGACAAGCCACCUGUCUAACUGUGAUGAGGACAAGAAGCCUCCAGCGGAAAGAGGUUGCUUCAGAGUCUGUGACUGGCACCGUGAUCUCUUCCAGUGGGAGGCUGCCAACUGGCACAACUGUGUGCUUGCUCCUUCUGCCAAAUCCAGGACAGCAGAAUGUGUGACUGCUCAGCAUGGGCUACAGCACAGAAUUGUGAACUGUAUUCAGAAGCUGAACAGAUCUGUGGUUGCAAAUGAAAUAUGUGCACACUUUGCUCCUCAGCCUCCCACUGAACAAGCUUGCCUCAUACCCUGUCCACGGGAAUGCAUAGUGACGGAGUUCUCACAAUGGUCCACAUGUAGUAAGCAAUGUGGGAAACAAGUACAGCACAGAACUCGUACCGCUGUUGCUCCCCCUCUUUAUGGUGGGUCUCAGUGUCCCAACCUGACAGAAUCAAGAACUUGUGAUGCACCCAUUUCCUGUCCUCUUGGUGAAGAGGAAUAUUCUUAUAGCCUUAGAGUUGGACCAUGGAGUAAAUGUAGACUUCCUCAUCUUAAAGAAAUAAACCUGAGUGGAAAGACAGUUCUGGAUUUUAGCUCUGACUCAAAAGAGCAAAUUGCCUUCAGUCAUCAUAUUUCCAAACCCCAUCACCAUUCCAUGCCUUGGGACACAGAGCUAGGUUAUCAAACACGACAGGUGUGGUGUACAAGAAGUGAUGGGAAAAAUGCUAUGAUGAGCCUUUGUACACAGAAUUCCUUCCCUUUGACUGUACAGUCCUGCAUUAUGCCCAAAGACUGUGAAAUCUCGGAGUGGUCUUCAUGGAGCCCCUGCUCCAAGACAUGUCAUUCAGGGAGUCUUUUGCCAGGAUUCAGGAGCAGGACGAGGACUGUGAAGCAUAUUGCCAUUGGAGGUGGAAAGAAGUGUCCUGCACUUCUGGAGAAAGAAGCCUGUAUAGUUGAAGGAAAAUAUUUGCAGCCUUGUCCCAGGUAUUCCUGGCGGACCUCUGAAUGGAGAGAAUGUCAAGUGUCUCUCCUCAUGCAACAGCAAGAUCCUCACUGGCAUUUGACAGGACCCAUUUGUGGAGGUGGGAUCCAGACGCGGGAGGUUUUCUGUGCCCAGAGCGUGCCAUCAGCCACUGCACCGAGUGCAAAGGAAGUUUCUAGACCAGUGGAAAAUACAUUAUGCUUGGGACCUGCCCCCUCGUCCUCUCAGCUCUGCUAUGUCCCUUGCUCGACAGACUGUAUAGUUUCUUCCUGGUCAGCUUGGGGCCAGUGUAUCCACGAAAACUGCCAUGAGCCUCAAGGAAAAAAGGGAUUUAGGAUGAGACAGCGUCAUAUCCUCAUGGAACCCACAGGACCUCAGGGACAUUGCCCUCAUUUAGUGGAAUCAGUUCCUUGUGAAGAUCCCAUGUGCUAUAAAUGGCUGGCAACAGAAGGGGUCUGUAUUCCUGAACAUGGAAAAUGUGGCCUGGGAUAUCGCAUACUGAAUGCCAUUUGUCAGAAUGAUCAAGGGAAGGAGGUAUCAAGGAAUCUCUGUCCAGAAUCUCCUCCUCCUGAACGAAUGACUUGUGAAAUACCCUGCCGAAUGGAUUGUGUGGUGAGUGAGUGGACAGGAUGGUCAGCCUGCUCCCAGUCUUGUUCAAAUAAAAAUUCAGAAGGGAAACAGACCAGAUCAAGGACUAUCCUGGCAUUAUCUGGAGAAGGUGGAAAGCCAUGCCCACCUACUCAGGUCCUUCAAGAACAUCGCUCCUGCAAUGAACAUUCUUGUACACAACUCUACUGGGAAACAUCACCUUGGAGUUCCUGUAAAGAAGACACUAUGGUAACUGCCCUUAAUGCAACUAUUGCUUGGAAUGGAGAAGCUUCAUGUGGUAUGGGCAUUCAGACACGGAAGGUCUUCUGUGUCAAGACGCAUAUAGGACAAGUGGUGACAAAAAGAUGCCCAGAUUCUACUCGACCUGAAAUAAUGCGCCCUUGUCUCCUCCCAUGCAAAAAAGAUUGUAUUGUGACCUCUUUCAGCAAGUGGACACCGUGCCCAAAGUUGUGCCAGCCAGGAAAUACCACAAUAAAACAGUCUAGAUACAGAAUUAUUAUCCAAGAAGCAGCCAACGGAGGUCAAGAUUGUCCUGAUACCUUGUUUGAAGAACGUGAGUGUGAAGAUAUCUCCUUAUGUCCCAUAUAUCGAUGGAAGCCCCAGAAAUGGAGCCCUUGUUACUUGGUGCCAGAGUCUGUCAGACAGGGAAUAACUGGCAGCAGUGAAGCCUGUGGGAAAGGAGUGCAAACAAGAGUUGUCUCAUGCAUCUCUGAUGAUAACCAAUUAUCAGAAAUAACAGAAUGCCUCAAGCAGACAAAUGGCAUGCCUCCUGUUGUGCAAGAAUGCAUGGUUCCAUGUCGAGAUGAUUGUACUUUCACUGCUUGGUCCAAGUUUACACCAUGUUCUACAAAUUGUGAAACAACCAGAAGCAGAAGGCGACAGCUCACAGGGAAAAGCAGGAAGAGGGAGAAAUGCCUGGAAACUGACCUAUAUCCACUGGUGGAAACAGAACUGUGUCCUUGUGACAUAUUUAUAACUCAACCUUAUGGAAACUGGUCUCAUUGCAUUCUUCCUGAAAGCAAAAGGGAACCUCACAUAGGAUCGUUGUUACAAGGAAAUAGCAAAGAAUGUGGACAAGGCAUUAGAUUUCGAGCCAUCUCCUGCUCUGAUAAAAAUGGAAGACCUGUUGAUCCAUCCCACUGCAACAGUUCUGGUUACAUCCAAGAAGAGUGUGACAUUCCCUGCCCAUUUGAUUGCAAGUUAAGUGAUUGGUCUAGCUGGGGAUCUUGUAGUUCCUCUUGUGGUAUUGGAGUGAGAAUUCGAUCCAAAUGGUUAAAGGAAAAACCUUAUGAUGGAGGUCGUUCAUGCCCCAAAUUGGAUCUCAAAAAUCAGGUGCAUGAAACAGUCCCAUGCUACAGUGAGUGCAAUCAGUAUUCCUGGAUUGUAGAACACUGGUCUCCUUGCAAGAUCCACAAUGAGCUCAGGUCUCUGCGAUGUGGAAGAGGAACACAAUCCAGAAAAAUCAGAUGUGUGAAUGCUACUGAUAGUGACAGUGAAACAGUGGACAGUAGCUUUUGCAACCAAGCUGAAAUUCCUCCAGAAAUUCAAUCCUGCUCUCUUCUGUGUCCCAAUGAAUGUGUUAUGUCUGAGUGGGGACCUUGGAGUAAAUGCCCACAGUCAUGUGAUCCACACACAAUGCAAAGAAGAACCCGCCAUCAACUGAGGCCCUCGCUGAGUUCAAGGACAUGUGCAGAAGAUUCACAAGCACAACCUUGCCUGCUCAAUGAAAACUGUUUCCGGUUUCAAUAUAAUCUAACAGAGUGGAGCACAUGCCAGCUAAGUGAAAAUGCCACCUGCGGGCAAGGGGUUAGGACUCGUCUUCUCAGCUGUGUGCGCAGUGAUGGCAAGCCAGUAAGCAUGGACCAAUGUGAGCAGCAUAAUUUGGAGAAGCCCCAGAGUAUGAGUGUCCACUGCCUGGUAGAAUGUGUGGUCAAUUGUCAGCUCUCAGGAUGGACGUCUUGGACAGCGUGUUCACAGACUUGUGGCCUUGAAGGUCGAAUGAGCAGGACUCGAUUUAUCAUUAUGCCAACCCAGGGAGAAGGACGGUCAUGCCCCACAGAGCUUACACAGCAGAAACCCUGUCCAGUGACCCCCUGCUACAGUUGGGUCCUUGGCAACUGGUCUGCAUGUAAAUUGGAGGGUGGAGACUGUGGGGAAGGUGUACAGAUCCGCAGUUAUUCGUGCAUGGUCCACAAUGGUUCUAUCUCUGAGAUGGCUGUACGUGUAGAUGAGGCAUUGUGUGGAGAAAUGCACUUUCAAGACAACACCCUGAAGCAGACCUGUUCUGUGCCUUGUCCAGGAGACUGUCAUUUAACAAAAUGGUCAGAGUGGAGCACCUGUGAAUUAACAUGCAUCGAUGGAAGAAGUUUUGAGACCAUGGGCCGCCAAUCUAGGUCAAGGACAUUUAUCAUUCAGUCUUUACAGAAUCAAGACAGCUGUCCCAAGCAGGUUAUAGAAACCCGCCCUUGUACAGGAGGUAAAUGUUAUCAUUAUAUGUGGAAAGCCAGUCUUUGGAACAAUAAUGAACGAACUGUAUGGUGUCAACGUUCAGAUGGCAUUAAUGUCACAGGAGGCUGUUCUCCUCAGGCACGUCCUGCUGCUAUUCGACAAUGUAAUCCAGCCUGCAGAAAACCUUUUUCCUACUGCACACAGGGUGGAGUUUGUGGUUGUGAGAAGGGCUAUACAGAGAUAAUGAGAUCAAAUGGCUACUUGGAUUACUGCAUGAAAGUGCCCGGUUCAGAGGAUAAAAAGGCUGAUGUGAAAAACCUUGCUGGGAAAAACAGGCCCGUGAACUCAAAAAUACAUGACAUUUUUAAGGGAUGGUCUCUUCAACCACUUGAUCCAGAUGGCCGAGUAAAAAUUUGGGUAUAUGGUGUUUCAGGUGGUGGUUUUCUUGUUAUGAUUUUUCUAGUAUUUACUUCCUAUCUUGUUUGCAAGAAGCCAAAACCACAUCAAAGCACACCUCCCCAACAGAAGCCUCUAACCUUAGCCUACGAUGGAGACUUAGACAUGUAACCCGAAGAAUAAAUCCAAAUAUAGACAUUAA